CGCACAGCCGACAGCAUCACGACAGGUUUUCUGGGAUUCAUCUUGGGCAUCUUUGGAGACUCCAAAUCAGCUGCGAGUUCUUGGCGUGCGUCAUUGCGCAGCAGCGCGUCCAGCCUGUAGUUGUUAAUGGGAAUCCGCUGACAGAGCACUACCAGUUGUUUGUGCGGGCAUAUGUACGCGCGGUUCAGCAGGUGUUGUCUUUAAAAAAAAAAGAAAAGAAAAGAAAAGAAAGAAAUCUGGAUGGAAGUCGCGGUUACAGCAACGCCAGUCUGAGGGGAAACUCGACCAUUGCGGACCCUUAUUCCCAGGAUGCGCGGACAUGCGUGAAAUGCUCGCGGCUAUCGGCAGGUGCAGAUAAACUCCACUUGGCAUCUUCACUCCUCCAGCAGCCAUGGCUCUCUCUGUAUCUGGAGGAACCGUGUUCACUGUACUCCUCAUUAGCAGGUUGUUAGAGAGCUCGUUGCUCAACGCAGAAGUGAAGGAAGGAGAGAUUCUGCCUCCUACCAUCCAGAGGCUGAUGAAAGGAUACAACAAGUACCUCAGGCCUUUCUUUGACAAUGGUCCGGUAACAGUGGGUAUGAGUUUGGACAUUGCCAGCAUUGACACCAUUUCAGAGAUCAACAUGGACUACACGGCCACCAUAUUCCUCCGCCAGCGAUGGACUGAUGAGCGCUUGGUGUUUGAAGGCAACAAGAGCCUGAGCCUUGACGGGCGGCUAGUUGAGCUCCUCUGGGUCCCAGACACGUUUAUUGUUGACUCCAAGAAAUCCUUCCUCCAUGACAUCACUGUGGAGAACAGGCUGAUCCGCAUCUUUCCCAACGGGACUGUCCUUUACGCACUAAGGAUUACCACCACUGUGGCUUGCAACAUGGACCUGACCAAGUAUCCCAUGGACAAGCAGACCUGCACGCUACAACUGGAGAGCUGGGGUUACAACAUAAAUGAUGUUAUGUUCUACUGGACCAGAGGAAAUGAGUCUGUCAGUGGCUUAGACAGUCUCCAACUGGCUCAGUAUACAGUUGAAGACCACUACACAUCUGUCUCAGAGGCCAUCUAUGAAACUGGCCAUUAUCCCAGGCUUGUCUUCCACUUUGAGCUGAAGAGGAGCAUUCUGUACUUCAUCCUGGAGACCUAUGUCCCCUCCAGCCUGCUGGUGGUCCUCUCAUGGGUUUCCUUUUGGAUUUCCUUGUCUUCUGUUCCAGCACGUAUUUGCAUAGGAGUGACCACAGUACUGACCAUGACAACUCUGAUGAUGGGAGCCCGGACAUCACUACCCAAUGCCAACUGCUUCAUCAAGGCCAUCGAUGUGUAUUUGGGGAUUUGCUUCAGCUUUAUCUUUGGAGCACUUAUUGAGUACGCUGUGGCCCACUUCUGCACCCUCACUCAUGCUGAUGCACACAUGCUCAUGUACGGCCACCGAAUGCACGACUUUGAUGAUGAAAUGAACGGCAUCGUCACCACCAUCUCCACUCACUCCAACAGGGCCAAGAGGCGCAAGGAGCCCGCUGCAACUUCUCCUUCAGUUCCAGCCUCAACAGAACUCACUGUCAGCCCCUCUAGCCCCUCGGGCAGUGAGCCCAAGCCUGAGGCAGCACCUCCAGAGCACACCAACUGGUGCCUCACUGUUCUGGCCACCCUCCGCAAGAUUCUGCGCGCCAUACACUGUUGUCAUGUGGAGAACCCCCACCAUAUAGACAACUACUCCAGAGUCACCUUUCCACUGUCUUUUGUCAUUGUUAACCUCCUCUACUGGACAUAUUAUCUGUACUUUUAGCAUUUGUUUAAGUGCUGCAUAUGUCCAGGAGAGUUUAAGACGGAGAGUGUUUGUAGACAACAAGUGUACCUUACUGUAUGUAUGUACAGUAAGUGUUAUUCAGGUGUGUUCUGGGUUGAGUGUGUAAAAUUUCUAUAUUAGGAUUCAUGAGCGAGGUCGCAUUGUCAUAUGGGAUUGUUCUGUUGGAAAAAGGGAAUGCUCAUAAUUGCAGCUCCAUUUUAAAUAUUAAUAAGUACUCAAACUAUGACAUUGCUUUAAAUUUCGUGGAGUUGGUUUGAUAAAAAUAGGCCUACCUGACUAUGACAUGGUGAUAUUUUAUAAAUUCUGUCACGCUUUAAUAUUUAUUUUAGGAUGGAGCUGUAAUUGAAGGCUUUAUGACAGAAUUCACCUGCGCUAUUGAGUGAGAACAAAUUCACAUUCCACUUUGUCUCUUUUAUGAUGGAUUGAUCAUUGAUAUUUUACAACUUCAUCUCCUGUUUCUGCCUGCAGGCACAACAUUUAGAGUGAAAUAGGAAAAGUAACAGAUGGCAGAAGAGGGCUGAAAACGACAGGCAAGGGAGGUGGAAAAAUCACUACAAUGGAGCGUGUGUUGAGAAAUAUAAACCUCCAAAGGACGAGCUUUCUACUCAUUGUUGAAAGCUCUCAUUCUUCUGUGUCCUUCUGUGAGUUAUUUUUAAUUCACUACAGUACUGUUUCUCCCAGCCUGCAUAUGACCCUUUUUUCAUUUCUAUAAAUGUAGUGGCCUUGGAUACCUUCAGUUGUAUUCUGGAAAUCUGGCUAUCGUGAACAGUUUAAUGGCACUUGUCACGGUAUGAAUCUGUUCUGCUAUUUCAUAAAGGGAAGCACCCCUGCACACUCCAAGAUAUGGAAGUCCAAAGGGAUCCAUGUUAAAUAAAUAAAUAGCAAAUUACAAAUGAAAAUUCAUGUUAAUAAAUAGUGAGAUUUUAUAUAUGUGCUCGGCCUUCAGAUAUAGAAAUAUUCUUUACUUUUGUUAAAUCCAAGCCUAGAGUAUGCUAGCCAGCUAAACAGCCAGAUUAGCUUCUCAGUCUUCUCAGUCCAGAUUGUUAUUUUCUUUUUCAUCAAAUUGCCAGAUUUUAGCACGCUGACUAAUCUUGUGAGUUUAAAAAUAAAAUAGGUGAUUAUUGCAGUCAUUUACUUUUAAACAUAUAGAUGCAAGCUAGCAAGACUGUUGUAGGAACAUAAUUCCUAUAGUCAUGUGAAAAAAAAAAGAAACGUACAGGAGUCUGUAGACACAAGUGUUCUAGAGAUAAAUGUAAGGCCACCUGGAAGCUAAAGCUUGGUUGGAAUUGAGUCAUUGAACAGGACAAUGAUCACAAGCACACCAGCAAGUCUCCAGCAGAAUGACUGGAAAAGAAAAGAACCAAGGUGUUUUGACUGCACAACAUCCUAACUUGACUGAAAUGCAGUAGCGGCACCUUAAGACAGCUGUCACGGAACUAAAUCAAUAUUAUAAAGAAGAGUUGGUCAAAAUUUCUCUGUGAGAGGCUGAAAAAAAAUCAUACUGAAAAUUAUUAUUUCAUUAUUUUUUCACAUGAAUAAUAUGUUGUGUCUUCUUCCACAGCAGUUUUAGUAAGAAAAAGUAUUAAUAUCUAAUGAAAAACAUGAACAUGAAAUAAAGUGUCACUGAAAAUGGCAUCCUGUAAAUCACGUCGUAGAACAAAACAUUUCUUAUAAAAUAUAGUAGCUUAAUUUUAAUACUGUCUGAAAUAAUCUCAUUAGAUCAGCCGUAUACUUCAGUUUAUUUGUAUUAUUAUUUAUUUAUAUUGGAGCUUUUGGGUUUCCAUACUAACUGGCAGGCAUAAUGGAAAACGCAGGUGUGAAAAGAAAGGACAGCAGACAUAUAUCAAUACAGACAGGUACUAUGUUACAGUGAUAAAUAUAUGCAGUAUUUCUCUCUCUGUGGGUUGGCUGGUAGUGUUUUCACUGUGGUUUUUCAAUGGAUAGGGCAGCUGAAGUGUUACAAAUAUUUAAGAUGGAUUUAAAUAUGAAAUGGAUAAAAUAUUUAAAUAGUCAUCUGAACAUUAUCUAAAUGGAAAAAUACCUAGAAAUGUUUGAGGUACUGUUGUGGUCAGAAGUUUAUAUACACUCAUCAUUAGCAUGAAUGUCAAGGUAAGUUUGGGUUUUUAAUCAUUUGUUUGAACUGCUCUUUUUCCAGGGUGGAAUGAUUGUGUAUAAGAUACAUCUUUAAUGACUUGAAAAAGCAAGACUUGUGUGCAGUAGCGUAAACCACAAAUUUUCAAAAGGGCUGAGAUCAGGGUUUUGGGAAGAUCAUUCCAGAUGUUCAGUGUUAGCCUGCUUUGUUCCAUCCAAAACCUCUUUUGAUGUGUGUUUGGGAUCAUUGUAUAUCUAUUCUACAUGUAGUUGAAAGUUUUAAUCGUCUUCUCCUCCUUAUGUUAUUCUAUCCACUUUAUGGAAUGUAUCAAGACCCUUGGCAGCACAACAGCCCAAGCGCAUGAUGCUACCACCACCGUGCUUGGGUAUUUGUAAAGUGUUCGUAGCUUUAAAAGUCUUUUAUUUAUUUAUUUAUUGUGGCCAAAUAGCUCAAUUUUCUCUAGAAAGCAUUUGGUAUGUGGGCAGCUGAUGUGAGCUUUUGAGGCAGAGGUGCGGCUGUUCCAGCGUUUCCAGUUCAUUGCAAGCUUGUUCCUUGGUGAUUUAUUAGUUGUUCCUGAACAUCCUAAAUAAUUUCCUCUCAUUUAAAGGUGACGCUUUGGGCCUUCUUUCAGACCUUGGCAAAGUGGUGAAACAUUUGAACCUGCACUUAUAUAGAGUUAAUUGACCUGACAAUCUUGGAAUCUGCAGUUGUUUAGAAAUGGCGCCAAGAGACCUUGUCCAACUUGUGUAAAUGUACAAUUCUCGUUCUCAGAUCUUCACUGAGUUUUUUGGACUUCCCCAUUUUUCUGAGUAUUGGUCAAUUGAAUGAGGGCUGUCAAAAAAAUCCUUUUUGCUCUGACAAAGAGAAUCUACCAGUCAAUCAUGAUCACGAACGAGAAGUUAAUAGGCCUUGGCCCUGUCAAGUUAAGAGACAUUGAAGAGCCUUGAGCAGCACUUUAUAUUUGAAUGCAUGCAUGUAUUUGAGCCUUUAUGUGUACGUUUGAGCCUGUGCAGAUUUGAAAAUAUCUAAAGAAAUUCAAACACCCAAUUCUUUUUUUUUAACAUCAUUAAAGAUGUUGUACAAUCAUUCCACCUUGGAAAAGACAAGUUCAAAGAAAUCCUUAAAAACACAAAAUUACCUUCAUGAACGUUAUGAGUGCAUGUAAACGACUGUACUCAACUGUGUAACUCUUCAGUUUUGUAAACUGUUAACUCUCAACUGUUUCAGUUAAGAUGAUACAGCACAUUCUCUGUCAGCGUUGUGAACCAAAGAACCAAAGACUUCAAUUUAAUUCAACCAUUCCUCUUCGUUUCCCUUUAGUUCCCACACGAUUUUUCAAGUUAUGUCAUGUUUGUUAUUCAUUGAGGAACUCUGAAAUAGCAUGCAGUUCAUAUUUCAGAUAGAAAACAGGAUUCAGUUGAAUAUCAGAGUUGCAUGUUUAUUUAUUGCUGUACUCAGUAUUGCUAUGACAUAAUCUCACUCAUUUAAUAUGAAAACUGGUACAAGUUUCACCAUGAUACAAGUCUCAGAGGUUCCAUUUCUAAGAACUACUUCUCAGUGUGCAAUGACGAGCUAAAUUGUUCAUAUUUGAAUAUGCUUCAUUUUAGCUUCACUACUUAUCCUUUUAUCCAUUUUUAAAUAUACCAUCAACUACCAAACUUUUUAAUUAAUCUUUGCCUGAUUAUAAUACAAAAGUAGGAUAUUUUUUUUUUGUUUAUGUUCUUCCUGCAUGAUUGUCAAUCGUAUCUUUUGUUUUUUGUUGGGUUUUUUCCGUUGCUUGAUUUGUUUUGGUUCAACAUGAUAGAGCGGAAUCAUCAUUAAAGAGUAAGAAAAGGCUGUUUCAUGAACAAGAUGUAGACUUUCAUUUGAUUUGGGCUCUCAUCUGAGUUUAAAGUAAAAAUCUGCUCAAACUUCUGUUUUCUUUUUCACUUUUUUUCAAAACUUUGAAAGAAAAUGAAUGAUCUGUGACUGUGUUCUCUGGAAGCACUGAUCUGGGAGAAAGGUUAACGUGAUAAAACAUAGACUGCCAGGUUUUAUACAAUAUAGCACCACAGUCAUAGUUCUGAUAGUAAUCUUCUCAGUGAAAAGUAUAAGAAAUGAAUGCCAAUAUGGAGCCAAAGAACCACAAAAGCAACCACUGAAGCAUCUUGUCAGUAUGGACGCACAGAGAAUGCCAUGCUCAUGAGUAUCAGUUGUCCUAAGGUAUGGCUCCACAGUUGCAACUACAAUGUAAAUGCUCGUUUGCUCUAAAUGGACAGCAUUGUUGACGGUGAAGGUGCAAACAAGAUCGUAUGGACAUGUUUGGAGCAACAGUUGGACUGCCCCCCCCACCCCCCUUUUCUUUUUGUCCUUUUGUGGGACCUGUCAAUUAAAUCUUCCAGGAGACACUGGCUAUUAUAACAGCCUCACAGUUCUUGGGACAUCUUCAUGUACAAUCUAUUUAUACACUAUAGUACCAUGUUAAUAUAGACAUCAGUUUCCUUAUUGUAAAUAAAUAGUAACACUAUGCAUGUUUAGUCGGUGUAUGAAUAUGAAUGAUAGCAAUAAAAAAGAGGUUUAACGUGUUCAUUGUUGACACUCUUUAUACAACUAUAGCAACUAUAGUGUUGUGUAUGACUAUGGCAUCAUAAACCAACACAGCAGUCUGAAAGUUGCAUCAUUUUCCAGAAUCAAAAUUACAAGUGCAGAAUCAGAGACCAGCCAGCCUUCAGACAUGCAAAUGUGUUUGUGUUGCAGAUGUUUGGAAUGCCCUCCAGCUCCCUUAGCUCUGACUCAGCAGAAUACAAAGUGAGGUCGUCUGAGAUCCCCACUCCAUUGCUCUCUCUCUCACACACACGCAAACACACAUUUCUUUAAUGGGUGAAUUCAGUAGGUUGCUUGUCUUUAAAGACAUACCAAGCCACUUUGCUCUUUGGUGCUUCCAAUUGGAAAACAACUGAAUUUUUAAAACAUUUUCAUCAUCUAGAGUAGAGAAUUUGGGUAAACUAUUAAAUAAGUCUUCAACCAACUUAAAAAAAAAGUCCAGAAGCUUUUCUUUCCAAGCUUCUUAGACUAUUAAAUAAAUUAUUUUUUAUUGAAAGGGUGAAGAAAAAAAGUAUUUCUGCAGCAGAGUCCAGCUCUGGAGGACUGAGUGUAUAUGUUUGUGUUCUUGUUCUUGUUCUGCUUGUACCACAACAAAUCUAUUAGAAGUUAGUCCAGCUUUCUUGUUGACGUGCAACUACAGUUGAUGUAGAUGUA